AUGUCUUCGCUUGACAGCAAGCUCGACCUUAGCCUGGAUGAGCUUAUUAAGCAAGCGGCCAAACGCCCAGCAGCUAGGGCGCUCCCUUCAAAGCCCACUGUUGGGGGCUCGCGGGGAUUGGCUCCGAAGCAGGUCGGGGCACGUGCACCCGUGACCACGGCCAGUGGAAUUGCCGGCAAACGGCAGGCCAUCCGCACUAAGCGCCAGACGGUACCCGCCACGGAGGGCGUCCCAGGCGUGCAGCGCCUAGCCCCAAAGGUGUUACUUGUCAAGGCGUCAGACCUGAAGCGCAAGGCGGCUGCGCCGGUACCUGGAGCCCGCGCUCUUGCAAAGCGAAUCGUCAACAGGGCCGUUAUGGCGCCUAAGCAGCCUGCUGCAGCGGUCAUGCGCCAGCGCGGCACCACACAGCGUCCACAGGCCAUCGUGGCGCCUGCUCGACCUCGGCAACAGCCUCAGUUACAGCAGCAGGCCCCAGCGCGGCAGCCACGGCAACAGAUUAAGUACGUGCAACAGCCGGUGAUGCAGCAACAGCAGCAGCAACGGCAAGUACCCGUGUCCUUAGCGAAGCGCAUGCGGCAACAGCGGCAGCAACAGAUGGUGGUGCAGCCCCGUGCGCAUGCGGUGGUUCCUAGAGGCCAACCAUUACAGCAGUUAGCGCCUCAGGGCCUACCGCGGCGGGGCCCGCAGCAGCAGCAGGUUGGACGAAAUCAGAUUCCGCGCAUCGUGCCUGCGCCGCGCCUGCAACAGCAGCGUCAGAUGCUGGGCCGGGUGCAGCAGGGCGGGAUACGGAAGAACGGCCAAAUGCACCAGCCACCGCAACGGCGGGCGCCAGUCUUCGCUGCCAACGGUGGCGGCCGCAGCGGCAAUGCCCAACGUGGCCAACAGCAGCGCAUGGCGGGUUUACCAAGGCAGCUGCAGCGCAGCGGCGGCCGCAACCAGCAGGUCCUCGGGGGCAACACGCGAAAUCGUGCGCCGAUUUUGAUGCAGCAGAAUGCGGCAGUGGGCACACUUCCUCCCAUCCAGCUCAGCCAGUCCUUGCGAGUGCUCAAAAUGCUUCCCAGUGAAGUACAGGUCCAUCUCCCAGAUGCAGUGGGUCUCGUGGCUAGAAUUCGAGCGCUGGGUAUAGCGGCAGAGUGCCGAGAGCGCCAGGGGGGUCAAGGACCGCCUGACUGGCCUCGUAUCCUAAUUGCCGCAAACCUGAUGGACUGCGAAGAAAUCAUGCCAUUUUGGAUCCUGGAAGUUCUACGACUGGCGUUACUGCUCCAGGGGGACCCCGUACUGCAGGCCAUAUACUCCCCCUCCUCGGGAACCCUCCAACUCGACCUGAACGCCAAACACGUGCAGCGUGUGGGUAUUUCCGUGUAUGAGAGCGGUAGCCGUGACCGUACAGCGCUGUGGCUGCUGGUGGCGGCGGCGCUGUGGAAGGCUGCCGGUGUGCCCAAUGCGGUGGUGCUCAACGGCACCCUCACGCGGGGAGCCGCAGUGAUGGAACCCGUCGGUGGCAAACUGAUGAAACAGCACCGGAUACAACACCUAGCCAACCUGCGCAACGCGGCCCUGUCGCCGCUGUACCGCAACCCGGGCGCAUUUCCGUACGUCAUGUUUUUGAAUGACGUGUUCUUCUGCGCGCCCGACCUGGUGUGGAUUGGGGGUCACGUACCCAAGGUGCGGGACUCCAGGACGCAACAGGAGGGCAAGGCCCUGCGCCGGGCGUUACUAUUCCACACACCACCAUCCACAUCCGCGCCACCAUCAACAACAACAGCAGCAGCCGAGCCUGAGGGCAACACGCCAUCGGCAGCCCAGCAUUCCGCCUCCUCCUCCACCCAUCUACCCACACAAUUAUCUUCCAUCGCAUCUGCUGUUGUGGAGACGGUGCUGGCGGACAUCCGGGGCGAGCUGAAGCAAGAACACUUUCCUGCGACCGGCAUCCCUGGGAAGGGGCGGGGCCGGGGCCGGGUGGAGGGUCUUGUCAGCGACCACUCGGCGGGUGGUGGCAAGUCAAAAUCGGAGUCAAAACCGGAUCCGGAAUCGGAUCUGCAGCAGCAGGAGGAUGAUGAUUAUGAGGGGGAGGGGGUGGGGGACGGGGAGGAGGAUGAGGAGGGGGAGUUCGAUGUGGAUGGUGGAGGCGGCGGUGGCAGUGAUCCCGCAGCCCAGUGGCAGGCGGCACUAGACCAGAUGACCGGGGUGCAUGCGGAGGAGGUGGCGCAGCGGGUGGAGGUGCGGAAGCGCAUCUCCGCGGCGGCCGUGAAGCCCAGAUACGAGUUCUAUGACAUUUGGGUGUCGAGGGAUCUGGGCGGCAAAGCGGAGCACCUAGCCGUACCCCAACGGGAACGACCGCCGAAGCACUCUCCUCCCUUCCUUGUGGGGGGAGAGUUCAUCAAGCACGACCCCCUCGCCCGCGAUCCCCGUACUCUGGAUGCCGUACACCGGGGCUUGCCCUUCCCCGUCAAGUGCUGCUGGAACGGUGCCGUGUACUUCAACGCGUCGCAUCUGUCAGCAGGUCUUCGCUUCCGUGCGGGUCAGCGGGACGCGGGCGAGUGUGACGCCAGCGAGUGCUCCAUUUUCUGCGAAGACUACCGCAGGUUGGGAUCGGGCCGCGUCGUGGUGGAUCCCUCCGUACGCUUGUCGUACACGCCCUGGACUGAGGACAUUCACGGGCCCCUGCCCGGCGGCCUGCCCGCCAAGGUGCUUUGGUCGGCUGUGAAGCGCAGUGGAGCACUGGAGAAGUUGCAGAGCCUGUGGCAGGAGACUGCGGAUGACAUGAUGGUGGAGUGCCGUUAUCCUUUUCGCCGCCUCGUGCAUGCGGCCGCUGACAUGGUUCCCUGGGGCUUUUACCCUCGGACAGAGAAGGGCUUUGACGGCGCGGAUCUCGACCGAGUUCGCCAGAUUGAUAUUCGACGGGAGAAUUUCACACAGCUGUUUUUUGAGCGUCAACGACAACUCUCGCCUCCGCAAUCACGCGCUUGCAACUUGAUCAUGGGGCCCUACGGAGCCGAUGACGAGGGCGAGUUUUUCGACGACCUAUCGUACGCAUCGUGGGGCAAGAACGUGAUCACGCGCAUCGUACACAAGGCCGGCGAGUACGUCGAAAGCAUCCAGGUGGUGUACGGCUCAAUGCCCGCCAGAGUGCAUGGUGGCGACAGUGAUGGCGAGUUACACGAUCACCGCGUCGAAGGGGGAGAGUUUAUCAACAGCGCUGUGGUGUACUAUGAUGAGAAUGCUGUACAUGGGAUGGAUUUGGGUACGAAUGUAGGCAGGCAGAUUGUGAUAGGUUCUCUGCGAGAUGGCGUGCGGCGCGCGGUGGCGACUCCGUGCCCUGCAGACGAGCAGCACGAGGGCCGAUACCGAUUAAUCGCGCUUGCGGGAACUGCAGACCGGUACUUGCGUUCGGUCACUUUGCUGUGGAGUUAA